AUGGGCACGAGAGCGUUGGAACUGGACCUUGGAGUGGUGGAAGAAGCCAAUUUGAAUGUUGUGACUGAAUUCAUCUUUAUUGGGGGUGAAAGCGGGCUGAACAAAUUCUACCCAGCACUGGCAAUCUUACUACUGGUGGUCUACCUGAUGAUCCUGAUUGGAAACCUCAUCAUUUUUACCCUAGUGGUGACAGACCCAAAGCUACACACUGCCAUGUACAUUUUCCUCAGCAACUUGUCUCUCAUAGACAUAGGAAUCACAACCAGUGUUCUCCCUAAGAUGAUAUCAGUGUGUUUGUGGAAUGAUGUAACUAUCUCUUACUCAGCAUGUUUUAUCCAGAUGUAUGUGCAUUUGUCAUUGGAAUGCACAGAGAGCUUUCUGCUGUGUGUCAUGGCCUAUGACCGUUAUGUCGCCAUCUGCCAUCCUUUGCGCUACAACACCAUUAUCAAUAAGAAAGCAUGUUUUUUACUGGCUACAGCAGCAUGGACAAUUGGACUCUGUUUACCAGCAUAUGCUGUCAUUUCAGCGUCACAAUUGCCCUUUUGUAGCAACAAGAUAAAUUUUUGGUUCUGUGACCAUCCUCCUGUAGUUUCACUUUCCUGUUUAGACACAACAUUUUUUAUGAAUGUGGGUAUUAUCUGUGCUUUCAUAUCUCUCUACUUCCCGUUCACUGUCAUUAUUUGGUCGUACUCCAGAAUUAUUGUUGCUAUUUCCAAGAUUUCAUCUUCAGAGGGACGUAGGAAAGCCUUUUCCACCUGCAGCUCACAUCUCACUAUCGUCCUCAUCUUCUACAUCGCUCCCUCCUGCAUCUACAUCAGAAAGAAGCUGUUCUUGUGGCAAGAGGUUUUGAUCCUGAUAGACCUCAACCUUCUACCAGAGGCGAGAGCUCUGAAUAUUCAAUUUCCUGGGUGUGAGGGCCCAAUCAUUGCCGCUCGCCUUCGCAUCAUGGAGAACCUGUGGAUGAACAGAGACUUCCAACAGCUGCCAAAGGCACACAAAACUGCUUUCAGAUCCGGCGUUGUGGAGGCCUACAGCACAUCCAGGGCCAACCUGAAAAGGGCCAUCAAGAUGGCAGAAAAUAACUACAAACUGAGGAUUGAGGAGCACUUCAACAACAACUCCGAAUCCCGACGCAUGUGGCAAGGCAUCUAA